UUUGAGGGUCCGAGGUGAGCGAGCGAGCGAGGGAGGCCGAGAUGAGUCUGACAUCCUGGUUCCUGGUGAGCGGCGGCGGGACGCGUCACCGUCUCCCCAGAGAGAUGAUCUUCGUCGGGAGGGACGACUGCGAGCUCAUGCUGCAGUCCCGCAGUGUGGACAAGCAGCAUGCGGUCAUCAACUAUGAGCCCAACGCAGACGAACACAAAGUGAAGGACUUGGGCAGCCUGAAUGGGACCUUCGUCAACGACGUCAGGAUACAGGAGCAAAUAUACGUCACGCUCAAAAUCGAUGACAAGCUGAGGUUCGGCUCACAUACCAACCUGUUCACCGUGGUCCGAGGAGAGCUGCAUAUUCCCGAGGAGGCCCUCAAGCACGAGAAGCUGAGCAGUCAGCUCCAGCUGAACCAAAGGAGACUGCCGGAGGCGGAAUUGUCCAAACCGGAGGUGAAACCCUCGGAGCCGCCGGCCCCACCGGUGUGUGAGGGGGCCGCCGCCGCCGCUGCCAAGCCCACCGAGGCCAGCAGGCCAGACGACAAGGCUGCAGCGGAUGUAGCCGUGCUGCACAGGGGAACGCCACUUUACGGCCAGCCGGCCUGGUGGGGAGACGAAGACGCUGAUGAUCCUCAGCCAGGGAGAGGCGAGGAGAAGGGCUCGGACAGGAAGAGGGAGAAGCCUGAAGCAGACACCAAGAAAAGCGCCGAAAACCAAAAGUCUACCCAGCAAGCGACCUCCAAUCAAGAGCCGAGCUACUUUGAAAUCCCAACAAAGGAUGGUCCCUCGGGAGCUAAAGUGGGCGGCGAGGCCCCGGAGGCCGCCGCCUCCUCCGAGCCCGUCCAUGGCCACGCCUCCUUCACCAUCGAGUUUGACCCAGGGGCGUCGGGGAAAGUGACCCUCAAAGACCGAGUGGCCAAAGUGGCUCCGGAGACCAGGCCGCGGCCCAAGAGGGCCGUGGGGGAGGAGCUGAGUCCACUCCAGACCGCCAUGGUGGCGGCGGAGGUGAAAGUGGCGGACUGGCUGGCCCAGAACGAGCUGCCCCUGGCUCUGAAGGAGACGGUGGCGGAGGACGACGGGGAGAGCGUGAAGAGUGACGUGCCCGUCCAGCUGAGGAGCCUUAAAGGCAGUAAACACGAGGACGGCACUCAGAGCGAUUCGGAAAACGCGCUGGGAGAGCAGCGCAGGGCGGCGGCGCUGGAGGAGCGUUCCUGGGGGCUCUGGGGCGGCGCCGGCAUGAAGUUCAGAGAGGGUCGGGCCAACGUACCCGAGGGUCUCUUCGCGGAGGAGGACAGCCCGGCGCGUCGCCGCAAGCCCUCCAAGGGGGCGGCUGGCGCCGCCGACAGGAGGCGAGGCUCUGCGCCACAUCAGCAGGGCGGGCGUGAUGAGCGCUGUCAGCCCGCGGACGAUUACAGCGACAGGGGGACCUACACCAUCGAGAUGGAGAACGGAGACCACGAAGAAGAAGACGGCAGGAACGCGACGCACAGGGUGAGGAGGAAGAAAGACGCGUUUGGUGCAGAUGAGCAGCCGGGGGGUGUGUCCAGGCCGGGAGCCGCUGACCAGCGAGAGAGGAUCAACUCCCAGAGGUCAGGGGCCGGAGACAGAGGGAAGCCUGGACGCAUGGAGACAGAGGUCUUGUCUGAGGAGCUGAUGGUGGGCGGUCCCCGCUGGGUGUCGCAGUGGGCGACGCUGGCUGCCAGCCACAUCCGGACCGACCCGGAGGGAUCGGGAGGGGACAGUCAGGUCAUGGUCACAGAGGACAGAGCCGAAAUAAGUGAAUCCAGCCACUCGGCCUCCUUCGCCUCCUCUGGAUUCACGGAGCGUAAGAGGAGAACUCUUCCUCAGCUGCCCGGCGAGGAGCUCAGUCUAGGAAGAAGGACUCCCGGCGCAGGUUUACGCGCAGACAUGGGGGAGAAGCAGGAUACGGAGCUGCAGGAGAAGGAGAACGUGGAGGAGAAACCAUCCAGGGAUAAAAGGAGGCCUGCUCAAAGCAGCGGAGGUGCGGGCAGCCAUGGUGGGAGCCCCAGUCGCUCCUCGCCGGCUAAAUCGCAGGACAGCGGCGGAGGGAGGUCCAGCCAGUCGGGUGUGCUGGCCAAGCUUCCCCCUCUUCCCCUGACCAGCGGCGAGAAGAGGGUGGAGGAGGCGCGGAAGAGGAGGAAGGAGGACGACAAAGCUCGGGACAGCAGUGGGAAGCCACUGUUGAGGCAGGAGAGCUUCACCGUGGAGAAGCCGAGCGCCAACGUUCCCAUCGAGCUCAUCCCCCGGAUCGACGCGCACCCGGGCAGCAGGGCUCACAGCAGGGAGGCCGGCAUCGACAGCCUCACGCUGCAGAAAGACUCAGAGGCUGUAGCGGCGUUUCUAGAAACCACAAUAUCAGAGGGCGACCCCCCGAGUCAGUCCAUCGAAGGCUCCAUGUCACCGGAGUCGGACGUGGACACAACGAGCACCGUGAGUCAGGCCGACGGAGCCAGGAAGGUGGUGCAGAAGCGACGGACUCUGGCGGGACAGCUGAAGGAGAGGACGGUGGUCUGUUCCACCAGCAAGGGUCCAGCCGGAGGCAGGGACGCCCAGGACCGGAGGGCCAAGAACCGAUCAUCUGGUCCUCCGCCGGCCAGGGCCUCGCCGUCCCUGGACCUCACUGACGAUGACGUCAACUCCAACUCGCUCCUCUCGGACUCACAGCCCACCUCCACGCAGGCGUCCAGGAGCUCAAAUACCCGAAGCCAGACGUCGGGCACGACGGUCGGGGCCAGCACCAAGUCUAGCCGGGCCAAGGCCGCCCAGGCCCCCGGUUCCUCCGCAGCCGGUAAAACUGCCAACGUCCCAAAGCCCAGACCCACCAGGGCCUCGCUGCUGAGACGAGCCCGGCUGGGAGACUCAUCAGACACUGAACCUGCCGAUCUGGACCGGAUGUCGGUGGCGUCCGAGGCCUCCACAGCGAGUUCCACGUCCAGGACGGGGAUGGCCAAAAGGGGAAUGUCCAGGAUAGAAGCCCUGGCUCAGCCGAGGAGGCCCAGGGUGGGCUCCCCGUCCGCCCAGAGCGACUCGGAGGCCACCGUGACCAGGGGAAGAGGUCUGGGAGCGCGAGGCUCUGCUGGAGAAUACGGCCUCAGACAAGGACUGAGGGGGUCCAACGUGGCGGCGGUCUCUGGACAACGAGCCAGAGCCAACAGCGCCUCCAAGCUGCCCGACAAGAGCAAAGGAACCUCCCCGUAUGGACAAAACACACCUGCAUCUGGUACUCGGUGGCGUCGCGUCCCCGUUGAGUACGCCUCCACCUCAGAAGACGAGUACGGCUCCAACCGUCACUUAUCCAAACAGGGUCAUGCACGGCCGUUCCCCUCCACACGCGUGGCCCAGCUCGGGGGUUCGGCCCCCGCCACCCCGAAUCCGGCGGGCCUGGCUUCCCUGAAGCAGCACUCCAGAGAAUCUGACGACUACAUGAGAGACUGGACAGCGCACAGCGAGGAGAUAGCCAGGAUCAGCCAGGAUCUGGCCAAAGAUCUGGCCAUGCUCGCCAGGGAGAUUCAUGAUGUGGCCGGAGAGAUCGACUCAGUCAGCCCUGCCGCGGCGGACCCCGGAGCUCUGUUGGAGGAGAGAGUGUUUGAUGACAGCCUAGACCAGGGCCGUCCAUCGGCAGAGCACGGCGGCGCUCCUGGGACCAACGGGCGGUCGGUGGAGCUUCGACAGCGUGGCUCCAACGGGCAGAGCACUCGCUCCAUCCGUCGACAGACGUGGAACAGAGAGGACGCGGUGUUAGACGGUCUGCUCCUCGCCUCUGUGACUCAGCUCUCCACCAGGAUUCGCCAGGCUGUGGACAAAACGAGCUGCAAAAUCAGGAUCCUCUUCAAGGAUAAAGAACGCAAGUGGGAAGAGAUUGAGACCAAGCUGCAGGAGGAGCACGACUCCUUACUACUCAAGAGCUCCAGCAAGGAGAUUUCAACUAUUCUUCAAGACCUGAAGCGAGUGGAGCGACAGCUGAUAGUCAUCGACAUGAUGGUGGACCCAGACGGGACCCUGGACGCGCUGACCACCCUGGGAAUAACCAGUCCUCUGUCUGACCUGAAGAUGGGCCCCGGGGCUCAGCAGGGGGCGUCCGUGUCGCUGCCCGGAGCCGACGCCCCCUCAGGUACGCUCUCGGCUCCGCAGGCCACCGGGGCAGAAUGA